UUGCCGUUCUCAAAAAUGGCGGUGAUCGAGGCAACCAGGAAUGAUGAAUGAGGCAGUGAUGGAUGUGUCGUUUGCCCAAUGAGUAAAGGAAUUAGGCCAUUGCUCAGUCGAGUGGGUUGUGACUUGAGUCCGUUCUGUCUGGAGGUUGAACCACGCAGAAAGUUCCAAUGCUUCUGGCAACCCAGUUAAAACCCAGCGAAUGUACGCAGAUAGCAAACAUAUCGCGAUUUUGAUCUAAGAUGAAAACCAAACAGGUUGGAGUCCGGCGCUCUGCACGUCUUCGGAAUAAGGAGCUCUACACUGCAGCCUCCAAACAGAACAUCAAGGAUGGCAGCUCAACACACAAAGCACCGGGGCCUUCAUGUGAAGCACUGCUUCCAUUGGACAAGUCGGCUUGCAAUCCAGAUAUUCGACCCUCAAAAAAGAAGAAAUAUGAAAAAGUGGAAGCACGGACAGAAAAAAAAACUCGAGUUACUGAGCAGGAACUGGAAGAUACUGCUGUCCAUCUUCCUCACAAACAGUCACAUACAUCGAAAGAACAUGACGAGAAGCCGGCUACUCAUGAAAUAUGCACGGAAGUGAACACUGCAGUUCAGGAAAAUCGGACACCGACCCCCACCAGCUUGGAGUGGAGAGUGACAGAAAAGCAUGAAGAGCGUGCAGCAAAAACUGAAGAAAUGGACAAUAAUAAUUGUCUGCCAACAGAAACAUCCAUUACGUCAGUGUUAGAAGACAAGGAAGACAUUGAGAAAAUAGAAAAUCUAGAUAAUGAUGUGGAAAGGAGUGAUACAAUGGAGAUUGACCAGUCACAAGGCAACUCAUUCAAAGUAGAUAACAGCAUUUUUCUAGACGAGGACAGCAAUCAGCCCAUGCCUGUUGGAAAAUUCUUUGGGAAUGUGGAGAUUAUGCAAGAUCUUCCACAGUCAGUACCACUCCUGGAUUCUGUCACCAGGCGAGAGUAUAGAAGACGUCACUUCAUUGCAAAAGAUGAAGAGGAUGAAGAACUAGAAGACUGGGUGACAGAUGAGACAGAAAAGGAGCCACGAGUGUUACCUCCAUCAGAAAAUGAGGUGCCUGUGGGAACUGAAACAAAAGUAAAUCCUGUCUUACAAAAUGCACCGGACGUGGUGGAGAAGUGUUUGUGAUGAUCUUGUAAAAGCACAAAUGGAAACCAUUAGCCAGUACCGUCAAACCAAAGAUGUCCAUCCGAUAUUUACACUUAAUUAUAGCAGAGCCUUGUUUGUCUGGAAGCAAUUGUGGUAGCUGUUAUAAUAUCAUAAAUGUGUGGAACUAUCAUUUUUGAUGUUUUGGCUUGGUUAUUCUACCUACAUUCUGUGGGGUUUUUUUUAAAUUCUGUAUCUUUUGUAAUUAAUUUGUCUGCACCCCUAGCAUUUACAUAUAUUUGUAUUAAUAGACCAGUAUAUCAAAGUAAUGAUGGCUGGUGUUAAAGUUAAAAGUGGAAGCAAAGAUCAGGUUAGGUUUGACAUUUGUGCAAAGCCUUUCCCGAUAUUAGCGUGAAUGGUAGCCAACUGCCUUCCUACUUAAAAUCAUAACUGCAAUUUAAAUCAGGGAUCAACCCAUUCAUGGGAGCAUUUUUUUUUGUGUAUAUAUGUGUAUUUUCCUUGUUCCUUAUUGCCAUAAGUUGAAAGUAUCAAGCUGAAUAUUAUCUUAAGUUGGAAGAGGACUGAAAUAUCAUAAGGUUUGGAUUUUUUUUUGCAGAUUCAUCAGUGAAUGAUAUCCAAUCAUUUUUAUGAAGGAAAAUUUUGUGGGAUUAAAUUCAUACAUGGUAAUCUAGUAAAGGGUUUGUAAUUACUUGUAUAUGAUACUUAAAGUCAGUAAUAUGUGAUAUUUGUAAAUGCAGGAAAAAUGUUGCAGUCAAUGUUAAGGAAGUGAAAGGACAUCUUUUUUUCCAGUUUCAAACGAUUACCACACCAUACAAGAACAAAACGGCAAAAAAAAAAAACAGAAUCUCACCCAGUAGUCCUCUCUUUGUCUGAGGCUGCUCAAACCGAAUUAAAAAAAUAGUUUACUUUU